AUGGGAAAUGGACAAUGGUUCUGGGCAGCUAUAUCCCCCGUCGACAUUGCUACGGAGUUAAUUAUUUGCCUCCUCCCGAUUUAUAUUAUCAAGCCUGUUCAAGUUAGCUUUGGAAAGAAAGUCCCCGUCGUGGUCGCAUUCGCGUACCGCCUAACUGUAAUAAUAGCGAUCAUCCUGCGCCUGGUUUUUAUGCGAAAUGCCCCCAAUUCUACAGAUAUGACACAAUCCGCCUUUGAGACCAGAAUUACCACCCAAUGCGCCCUAUGCGUCACCCUCAUUACAGCAUGCAUUCCGUGCUUAAAGCCUUUUCUCGACGCCUUCGAUAGUGGAAUGCUUGGCGUUGGUAUGCGGAAGCGCACUGUUGGGAGCCAUAAUAACUUCUAUAACAACUCAUAUGCGUUGGCGAGUAUGAGCUGGGGAGCAAGGGAGGCUACAUCGCGUUCUCGUUACUUGGAAGAUGAGGUGGAGGGACUGGGAACGUCCGCCGCUGCUUUUGCUUUUACCCCUCCGGUCAAGCCACAGCAACUAGAAGAAAUAUGUCCUUCGAUGGGAAUCCAAAGGACGGACCAGUGGAGCAUUAGGUGUGAGUAUGUCGAUACAAAGGCCAGGUCGCUCGGGGAGGGAUUAGAGGAGUCGGAGACAAGCGGUAGCCAAGUUGAGCAUUCAUUGUGA